AUGGCUUCCUCCUCCUUGACAAAAUCCAAAACUUCCAUCAUCCACCAUCUUAAAUCUACCAAAUUCCCCUUGUUAUACUUCACAAAUCACACUUCUUCCAUUCGUAAUUCGCACAAUCUUCUUCAUACAAUCUCAUCUCCACCACUCCCGGUUCCGAGAUGUGCAACUUCUUCACGAAUCAAUCCCUUCAUUGUUUUCUCCCGUUGUUUUGAAUCUGUCUGCGUUGGGAGACGAUUGCAUUCUGCCGCCAGUGCUAGCAACGAUGUUCGUCAGUUUCCUGCUGAAGCUCCUUCGCAGCAGGUCCUAGAUUUUCCAGGUGGAAAAGUUAAGUUUACCCCAAAACUGGCAUUCACAUCUGGUUCUACUGAGGAAAGGGUCCCUUGUUAUCGAGUGCUUGAUGACAGCGGUCAACCAAUUAUCGAUAGUGAUUCACUUAAGAUUAGUAAAGAACUUGCUGUCAAGAUGUAUUCUGACAUGGUAACAUUGGAAGUUAUGGACACUAUCUUCUAUGAGGCACAAAGACAAGGAAGAAUAUCCUUCUAUGCAACCACAAUGGGUGAGGAGGCAAUCAACAUUGCAUCAGCUGCAGCUCUUCACAAUGAUGAUUUUGUCUUCCCUCAGUACAGGGAGCCUGGAGUUCUAUUAUGGAGAGGAUUUCCCCUACAAGAAUUUGCACAUCAGUGUUUUGGAAACAAAUAUGAUAAUGGGAAAGGAAGGCAGAUGCCCAUCCAUUAUGGUUCUAGAAAGCACAAUUACUUUACAGUUGCAUCAACAGUUGCAACACAAAUCCCGCAUGCAGUUGGGGCUGCGUACUCUCUGAAGAUGGAAAAGCAAGAUUCAUGUGUGAUCACAUAUUUUGGCGAUGGAGGCAGUAGUACGGCAGAUUUCCAUGCUGCUGUGAACUUUGCUGCUGUUUUGGAAGUCCCAGUAAUCUUUUUCUGUCGAAACAAUGGAUGGGCCAUUAGUACCCCUAUCAAUGAACAGCUUCGAAGUGACGGUAUUGUUGUAAGAGGGAAGGCGUAUGGAGUUCCUAGCAUCCGCAUAGAUGGUAAUGAUGCUCUAGCUAUCUAUUCUGCUGUUCACAAAGCACGCAAAAUGGCUAUUGAAGAACAAACACCUGUUUUAAUUGAGGCCCUCACAUACAGAACAGGACACCACUCGACAUCAGAUGAUUCUACCAAAUAUCGUUCAAUUGAUGAAAUAGAACAAUGGCGAGGGGGUCAAAACCCUGUAAAGAGGUUUAGGAAAUGGAUGGAAAGUAAAGGCUGGUGGAGUGAUGAGGCUGAAUCUGAACAUCAUUGCAGCACAAGGAAACAACUAUCGCAAGCGAUUCAAGCUGCAGAGCAGGUAGAAAAACCUACGAUUGCAGACAUGUUCAACGAUGUAUAUGAUGUCCUCCCUAAAAACCUUAUGGAGCAGGAGGCUUUUAUUAGAAAAACCAUCAAGAAACACACACAAGAUUAUCCGUCUGAUGUUCCACUGUAAACCAAUCUUCAUCAUUUCUCCAUUACUAAUUUUAUGAUUGAAGGGAUUAUAUUUUGAACCAUUGUGUUUGCGUAGCCAUCGUUGUAUUUUAACAAUCGUGUUGAUAAAGCUUGCAGAUACAUAC